CAUCAGUGGGCGGAGCCAGCCGAGGAAUGCCGCGAGCACAGCCGGCUACACUGCACUGCAAGGCGGAGGCGGCAGCUGGGAAACUCCGCGGCUUGGUUUGAGGCCUUCCUCGUGGAAAUGGGAGACACCGGCGCCGAGAAGAUGAAUUCAGAAAAUCUAAGAGAGGAUGGUAACAAGCACUUUAAAUCUGGGGACUAUGAAGCAGCAAUAUUGUGCUAUACAAAAGCAAUCAAAAUAUCUACCGACACGCAGGAUAAAGCAGUAGUACACCGGAACCGAGCUGCCUGCUACCUGAAAUUGGAAAACUACACAAAAGCAGAAGAGGAUGCAUCAAAAGCUAUAGAGGUGGAUGGCGGUGAUGUGAAAAGCUCUGUUCAGGCGUAGUCAGGCUUUGGAGAAACUGGGACGAAUAGACCAGGCGAUACUUGAUCUUCGCAGGUGUUUGACGUUGGAACCUAAAAAUAAAGUGUUUCAGGAGGCUGUAAGAAAUCUGGGAGUCCGGGCACAAGAAAAGGAUGAAUCAUCAUUAAGACCACCAAUUCAUCUCUAA